AUGAGACUCCUUCUCCCCUCUCUCCUCGCUCUCAUCAGCGGUGCCAGCCUCGCCGUCGCCCAACAGCGCUGCGACGUCCCCUCCCCAGGCGUCUACUGCAACACCACCGACAUCCUCGCCUACCAGACCACCGACUGCAAGCCCUUCCACAUCUUCGUCGUCCGCGGCUCCGACGAGCCCUACCCCGGCCGUCUAGGCAACCUCACCAAGCAAAUCUGCGACGAAAUCGGUGGCUCCGACGCGUGCGGCUUUGAAAAUGUAGAGUACCCCGCGAAGAGCACGGCGUGGGGCCAAGGCGUAUGGUGCGACUCUGCCAGCAAAGGCGCUGCAAACGGCCAAGCGCAGAUGAAGGACUACAACGCAAAUUGUCCCGACUCCAAGUUGAUUGUGCUGGGUUUCUCGCAGGGAGGGUCCGUGGCGCAGGAUAUGCUCAGCGGGGGUGGUGGUGAGGUGUUUGCUUGCAAGCAGGAUAUGAAUCCAGCCUUGGACCCUGGUCUGGCUGCUAAAGUUGUCGCGGCUGCUACGUUUGGCGCCGUCGUCCGCUCGCGAGACCAGGAUUUCACCGUCGGCCAGGGCGUCAAUUAUGAUGGGACGAGUCCUCGUGCGCCAGAUCAUCUCAAGGCUUUAAACACCUUUUCCGAUCGCUUCCUCGAUUACUGCCACUAUGGUGAUCCUAUUUGCGCGGUGGGGUCCCUGCCUGCAAGCGUCGAGGAGCACUUGAAUUACUUUGUCAAACAUAAUGCUCAGGUUAUUGAGUGGGUCGCUGCCAUGGCCAAAGUCGGUGCUGGUGAUGCUAGUGCGAAGCCGAGCAAGCCCAUCCUCGCCGUUUCUCCUUGGUCAACGAGUGUUGCUGCUAGACCUGCUGCCGCGACUGGAUCCGCUUCUGCUACUCCUUCACUUAUCGGCACUAUGAGCGUGACACGCUCCAGCUCCAGCGCGAGUGCAACGCAGACGAGUCUCACUGGCGCUGCUCCCUCUCUGGGUGCUGCGUUGGGAUACUUGAUGGCCAUUCCUCUUGCUGUGGUUGUCUUGUAA